UCUAACUCUUUCACAGCUUCAAUUUCAUAUCCGUGGAAAUACAACAAAAAUUUUCCUGCAGACUUAUUUCAACUGAUGGAUGCCUUGAGAGGUGAUAAUUUUGAUGUUUCGGUAAAGCGACUCGUUGAUGGCUUUGACGCCUUGUAUCAGGAGGUGCAAUUGCUCUCCUUGAAGCGGAACCAGCUCGAGCAGAAGCUCAGCGAAGCACGACAAACGUACCUUGAUUUUUCUGACAAAUAUCGCUGGACUCUGAAUGACGAGGACAAAGCUUCAAAUCAUGAUUUUCUAAGAGAAGACGAGGGCCCUCAACCAUCGACCUCCAAUAAAUUAUUGAAUCUCCAAGACCUGGCAUGGCCUGGCUCGAUCUCGGCCGAGAAAGCCUAUAAUGUGAUCAUUUCUGCCGUCGAAGCUCGUGAUCGUAUUGCUGUCUCCAGGGGUUGGCCAAGCAACAGCCUGCUCACCUCCAAAUGGGGCCACGACAUACCGGAUGGGCACGGGAACACGUUCGUUAAAGAACUCGACUCCGGAAGUGGAAGCCCUUCCCUUGGCACACAGCCCGCACCUCAAAUGUUUAGCUGUCGGCGAUGUGAUAACCCAUUCCCAUCAAAGAAAUCUCUUCGUAAACACAUCCGUGCGAAAGGGAGGUGCGCGACUCCUACCGGGAGUUCUGCAAAAAUUCCUGAAGCUGGUACCGGCCAAAUGUCGAGCAUCCCAAAAUGUCCGGUCUCCGGUAUAUCAUCGGCCACGAAUCCUCACGUUGCAAAACCUGGUGAGGCGAAAGCUCUGGGCGAAGGGAGAACACAAUGCCCAUUUGCUUCGAUGCAAAAACAGAUGAUGUCUUCUCAGGCUUCUACAAGUGAAUUACAGAAGCCCCAGCUCCAUUCGUCGCCCGCGAACGACAAGGAUGAAUCCGUAGUUGACGCUAAAGACCCAAUUGCCGUGGAGGCUCUUCAACAUGAGCAUAUAUCGCAACCUCACUCUUCAGCAGGCUCUGCUUCCCGUUGUCCCAUCCGUUUCCUUAGUCAACAUUCUCCCGAGGAGGUUGCCCAAUAUUUUGAAACCCACAAGCAUGAGCUCCCUCGCAGUCAUGAGAUUUGCGUCAAACGUUACCAAACCAAUGAACAGAGCAUCCGAGAACUAGACGCGAAGUAUGGUAAUCUGGUGAGCAUGAUUCAAGGCCUUGGGAUGAAGCAUCAGCCGCUUCUUCCCAGAUCCCCGGCGAAUGAGUUGAACGCCGACAAGAGUGACUCGGAUGUCAUGGUACAGAAAUGGGCCAAGACUGUUGCGUCGAGUCUGGAAAACGAUGAACCGGCCAAAGUAGAUGGACCAGAGGCUGGCGAGGAGCAAAGGGAGAGUCAUUUUGAUCGCCCAAUGAAGGAAAUCAGAGUUGGGGAAUCACCGAGCCGUCCAUGGGGAAUCGCCGUGCCUGCCGCUAGCUCGUUAUCAACUGGUCGGUCCUUUCAAACGCAUUCAAGCCCCGCUAAAUCCGCCACAUCUUCAAAGUUGAAGCUGCAUAAGAGAGCACCCUCAGACAGAAAGCAGCCCAGUUCUUUGUGCCAGGACAACGUGUCUGCAGAUCGGCCAGACAGUCCUGAUACACCUCAGACGAAAAAAUGCGACAGCAAGCCGCGGGUUUCAUCUCGGAGACCUGCAAAGAAAGGCUCACGGUCCAUGUCGAAGAACAUGAUUUUCACUGGCCCUGUCUUCUUCGGCUACAGUGAGGACCAGGCUAUUCGAAUCCUACAGCAAAGCAAAUAAGACAUGGACGAACGUUAGUUGUCGGGAUAUGUGCUGCUGAAGCAAUGCAAUCGCAAUUUUUGUUGACAAAGGAUGUAUCAUAGUUCGCAGUCGAUGAUAAUAACAGAAGUAGUCUUCCGUGCCACAAGGCUCCAAUCUCAAUACCUUAACACCUAUCGAAUUUGACCCUGCGCGAUAAAAUUCUCCGAAGAGCAGUAUUAGCAUUAUAUCCCUCUCAAUUCUCACC